CGCCUCAGUCACGCGACGCGGCCUUUUAAAACGCCUGCGCUCCGGAUCGUGACACUUUGUGGAGCACAGCUGAUAGAGGCAUCAGAAAAACCAGAUCAGAGCUUCUCAAUCCGGAUCUGACCGAAGCAAAGCAUGGACAUCAGGGGCCGUUUACAGGACAGACUGACCGAGUACGUCAGCGACACGAUCGGCUGCAUCGAGACUCUAAAAGACUUCUGUGACCAGGAGCAGGAGUGGGCCUCGGGGAGAAAGGCAGAGAUCGAGAAGUUGAAAGAAAUCGGUAAAAAUGACGACGUGGAGGAGGAGAAGGAGAAGAAGAUGGAAGUCGUCCUCAGAGACACGAUAGAGGGUCUGAAGAAAGUGGAGUCGUUCCUGGAAGCGAUGGAGAAGCUGACGGUGACCUCGAGAAGCGUCUUCGUGGAGCGGGUCUUCCUUCUGCGAGGAGAGAGACCUGAAACGGUGCAGUCAGUCAUCUCGGACGCCAAAAUAGAUGCUCCUAUCCUUCUCCAGUUCAAAAAAAAACCAGAAUCCUUCUUCCAGCCUAUGUUCGAUAAUCUGGAAAUCCUGAUCAAUCAGCUGAUUAACUACAUAACCAGGACAAAACACCUUUGUCACAGAGUGAGACAAAAUUCAGUUCUGGCUGUGGACAUCUAUAACCGUAACAGUCACGAGCCUUUAGUGCAGCUCAUUUUGGACGCGGACGAAGACACCAUGAGUCAGAUGCAUGACACUCUGGAGCAGUUGUCUCAAAUCAGGAUGAACCCUCGCACCCGGCUGGUGUUCCUCUUUCAGGACGACGCUCAGACGUUCGUAGAUGUGUACGGCAAAUGCGGCAAGAGAAUGUGGCAGUUCCUGGCUGACCUGGAGGAGAGGGCCAAGAAGCUGGACUCAAUGAAAUAUGGGGCCAGCGUCUCCAAUGUGGUUGGUAGUUCAUUGGGGAUUACAGGGGGUAUCCUGAGUAUUCUUGGAAUAGUUCUUGCCCCGUUCUCCGCAGGAGCGUCAUUGGCCUUCACUGUGAUAGGGGCCGGUCUGGGUGUCACCAGUGGAGCCAAUGCCGUUGUAACAAGUAUCACUGAGAGCCAAGUCAACCGUUACCAAGAGCAGUCUGCACAAAAUUAUUUAGAUAGUUACAAGGAGGAUAUGAUGAAGAUUAAAGAGAGUUUGAAAGAAGUGGCCCACUGUGAACACUGUUUAUUGCUGUCCAGUGGAAUAGAUGCUUCGGCCAUUGGCCACAAUGCUGCAGACAUAGCUCAAACUGGUGCGGGUGCAUUUGAAGCAUAUGCAGCGUAUAAAGGCGAGAAAGCAGCUGAAACAGCAUCCAAAUUUGCAAUACAGCACAACGAUGUACCCGAGGUGGCUGCACACAUGGCUAAGACAAAGCUGGCAAACACGAAAACACUGGGCAUCGUAAAGGUUUCUAAAGUUGCGUCUGGCGUCGUGAAUGCCCUCUUUAUUGGCCUCGACAUCUAUUGUAUUGUUAAUGAAAGCAUAAGUCUUUCUCAAGGGAGCAAGAGCGAGGCCUCUGACCUCAUCCGCUCCAGGGCGGCUCUGUUUAAAUCCGAGCUGGAGACCUGGGAGAAAAUGCAUAAUUCCUUAUGCAUAGGCAUAGAUACGUUUAGCAAGGACAGGGACACUGUGGAGGGCCCAUUUCUCCCUUAAAUACUGAAAUGAGCUCAUUUUUGACGGUGGCCGAGAGAGAAAAGACGCCUGCGAAUUAAGAAAUCGUUUUCACAAUAUCAUGUUAACGAAUUCAAGUCUAAAAUAAAGAUUCAGCAGUCAAAAAAUAAACCGCCAUAGCCAUUAGCACAAAGUAAAUCAGCUUGUUUUUAAGAUACGCAAAAUGCUUAAACAUGCUUAUUGCAAUUAGCAACUAUACAUAGAAUCUAUACUUUAUGUUACGUUUAGCUUUUGCUUUUUCAAAGAGAUGAAAUGUUGAGGAGAAAGAGAUAGAGAGAGAGGGAGAGAGGUUUGUUCCUCCCUGAGAAAGAAGAAAGCAAACUUAUUUUGUGUGUGAUUAUAAUUUUUGCUUGAGCUGAACUAAUCAUUAACUCAAAGCUGUGUAUUUUGAUUUUGAGCUAAUCUCUUGCAUAUUUUAUAAGAGAUUGUUUUGCCUAAUAUGUAGUUAAGUAACUAGAAGUAAGUAACUGCCUUCUGAGUAUGAAACAGCAAUGCUUGUGUUAGAUAUUUGGUCGCACCUCCUGGUGAAGGCUACUCAUUGUCAUUUUUUCCUUUUUUUUUGCGUAAGAGAUCAUCAUUUGUUUGCUGUUUGAUUGUUUUUAAUAAAGCGAAAGCAUGAGUGGUGAUGCGAUUUUAA